ACAACAAUCCCAACAAAACAACGAUAUUAACAUCAACAACACACCCUGUCACAACAAGAGCUCCAACUACAACAACAGCAACUAGUGGCUGCCCAACAGCUGCUUUAAUAACUGCAUUCAACAGCAUUGCAGCCAUAUUGGUAUUAGCAACUGAAAAUGGAACAGCAAAAACUGUCCACCGAUCAGCUGCCAGCAGCCUCGGGUUCAACAACGCCUGCAACAACAACAGCAGCAGCAGCAGCAGCAGCAACAGCCACCCGCUCAAGCUCAACAACAACUACUACUAAGUCGAACAACAACAGCCCGGCCAGAUCAACGUUUACCAACAAUUUUAACCAACAACUGCAGGCAACCACAGCAGCCACCAUGCAGCGUCUACGCACGACAUUUACGCGAUCGCGAACGCCAACAGGUGCCGAGAUGAAGAUGCAGAAUAGCCUGGAGGUUCCCAAACAGGUAAAAAAGGUCCGCUCCGCCUCCUUCGACGAGAUGCAACUGGAGGCACAGCGUGCCUCCUCGAGCCUGCUCAAGCAGCAGUCCUCCUCCUCGGCCUCGGCGGACGAGCGAUCCUCGGAGGCGGGACUGCUCCAGGUGCCGUUGGCGGCCCAUCAGCAACGAUCUCAUAGCUUCGACUCGGCGGCGGUGUCCGCGGGUAGCGAUGAUUCUGGCACCUUUUUGGAGGUGCCGCGUCGCCUAAAGACUCGCCGCAGUUCGUCCACCAAGACGCCGCCACCCUGCAUCCAUUGUCACUAUCUGGAGGAGUAUGAACGCCGAAUGACGGCCGAGCAGCGCUACUUUAUCGAUCACCGGGAGCUGAGUGCCUUGAGCAACACCAGCUCGGAGGGGAGCGAGGAUGAGGACAACGACGACGACAAUGAUGAUGAUGGCGGCGGUGAUGACGAUGAUGAGGAGGGCAGUGCUGCCACAGAGGCCACCGAGGGUGAGACCACGGAAACGGCACCCGAGGAGGUGGAGGAGGAGCCGCGCACUGAAGUGGAAUCGGAGCACGAUCACGAUCCGGACGAUGAUGCCGCCAUGGAAAUGGAUAUACGAAUUGGCAACAUGAGCCUGGGCAGCAGCAUCGAGGAGUCUCGGACUCAUAUUCCUCGCCAAAUGCGACGCCAUACCAUCGGCAGCAGCGGCCAUACCACCAUGACUUCGGAGGAUGAGGGCCUUGAAGGAUCGGAUAAUGGAUCUCCGCAUUUUGGCAACACCCUGCUGCCCCCUCAGCCGACCACGCCCUGCGGCAUCACCUUCACACUGAGUCCAACCAAUGGAGAUUAUCCGUCGUCGCCGCCAAUUCUACCCAUUGAGCCACCAUCGCCGCCCAUGUCGCCAUGCUCGACGGCGGUACGACUGCCGCCCACGAUGAUAACACCACCCACGAUCUCCUCGCCCUGUGCAUCGGCGGAUGCCGAUGAUGCUGGCGCUGCCAUGGGUCUGCCGGUCCGAGCCAGACGUCGUUCGAUUUCGCGACAGGAGGCCAUAUUUGUGGAGCCCACGGGCAACUCCUUGGAGAAUGUCUCUCACGAGGAGGUGGACAACAACAACAAGUCAUCGGUGGACACUGCGGACUCUCUAGAGGAAGCCUCGACCAUGGCCACCUGUGGCUCACCAACAGCAGCCGGAGGAGCUGGUGCAUCGAGCAGUCACCACAAUGCUUUUGUGGUAAGAGACAUCUAUCUGAUGGUGCCGGAUCUCAAAAGAGAUCGUGCCGCCUCCGUGGACUCGUGCUUUUCGAAGCUCUCCUCGGGACCCAAGGCCGAGGAGCUGCAGCCGAGUGCCGAUGGGUGUUUCCUCACAGUACCAAAUAUCAAUGCCACCCGAUCCAGAUCGGUAGAUAUAGUGCUGCCAACCGAUGAGCAGGCGAGGUACAAGGCUUUGUCCAUGACAGGAUCCACAGCAACCUAUGCCGAUGGGCGUACCGCUUCGGCUAGCAACUCCCGGAGACCGAUACGGAUUGUGCCCGAUUGGACGGAGAAUGCUGUGCAGGGCGAGCACUACUGGAAGCCCACUUCCGCAUCCGGAGAUCUUUGCUGUUUGAACGAGGAAUGCAUUAAGAGCGGCCAGCGGAUGAAGUGCUCCGCCUGCCAGUUGAUUGCGCACCAAAACUGCAUUCCGUUUGUGAACGAAAAGAGCCAGCUGGCCUGCAAGCCCACCUAUCGGGAUGUGGGCAUCCGUCAGUAUCGGGAGCAGACCACCACCCACCAUCAUUGGGUGCAUCGCAAGCUGGAGAAGGGCAAGUGCAAGCAGUGCGGAAAGCAGGCGGUGCAGAGCAAGCUCUUCGGCUCGAAGGAGAUUGUGGCGUUGUCCUGCGCCUGGUGCCAUGAGAUCUACCACAACAAGGAGUCCUGCUUCAACCAGGCCAAAAUCGGCGAGGAGUGUCGUCUGGGCAACUAUGCGCCCAUCAUUGUGCCGCCGUCGUGGAUUGUGAAGCUGCCGAACAAGGGCAACUUCAAGUCCUCGAUUCGUGUGAGCAACAAGAACAAUGCCGCCUCGGGCUCAGCGGGCGGUGGUGGUGGCGGGUCAGGAGCUGGCGGUGGAUCCGGUGCUGGCAGCGGCGGCGGCGGCGGACAGGGUGGUGGACACAAGAGCAAGAAGCAUACACAGCGUCGGCACAAGGCCAAGGACGAGAAGAAGGAGCCGAGGGCGUUCAUUGUGAAGCCAAUACCAUCGCCGGAGGUAAUCCCGGUCAUUGUGUUUAUUAAUCCCAAAUCCGGUGGCAAUCAGGGUGUCAAGCUCCUGGGCAAGUUCCAGCAUCUGCUCAAUCCGCGCCAGGUGUUUGAUCUCACCCAGGGGGGUCCUAAAAUGGGCCUCGACAUGUUCCGCAAGGCCCCCAAUCUGCGGCUAUUGGCCUGCGGCGGCGACGGCACUGUGGGCUGGGUCCUGUCCGUCCUGGACCAGAUCCAGCCACCCCUGCAGCCGGUCCCGGCCGUCGGUGUCCUGCCCCUGGGCACUGGAAAUGAUCUCGCUCGCGCUCUUGGAUGGGGCGGGGGCUAUACGGAUGAACCGAUUGGUAAGAUACUGCGCGAGAUUGGCAUGUCGCAGUGCGUUUUAAUGGAUCGCUGGCGCGUCAAGGUGACGCCCAACGAUGAUGUCAGCGACGAUCAUGUCGACAGGAGCAAGGCAAAUGUGCCCCUGAAUGUGAUCAACAAUUAUUUCUCAUUCGGUGUGGAUGCCCACAUUGCCCUCGAAUUUCACGAGGCACGCGAAGCGCAUCCGGAGCGCUUCAAUUCGCGGCUAAGGAACAAGAUGUACUAUGGCCAGAUGGGCGGCAAGGAUCUGAUCCUGCGCCAGUAUCGCAACCUGUCCCAGUGGGUAACCCUGGAGUGCGAUGGCCAGGAUUUCACCGGCAAGCUACGGGAUGCUGGCUGCCAUGCGGUGCUCUUCCUGAACAUUCCCAGCUAUGGCGGCGGCACUCAUCCUUGGAACGACUCCUUUGGCUCUGCCAAGCCUUCGAUUGACGACGGCCUAAUGGAAGUGGUGGGACUGACCACCUACCAGCUGCCCAUGCUGCAGGCGGGCAUGCAUGGCACCUGCAUCUGCCAGUGCCGCAAGGCAAGAAUCAUCACCCGGCGCACCAUACCCAUGCAGGUGGAUGGCGAGGCCUGCCGGGUGAAGCCCUCGAUCAUUGAGAUCGAGCUGCUCAACAAGGCUUUGAUGCUGUCCAAAAGGAAGCAUGGACGCGGCGAUGUCCAGGUGAAUCCCCUGGAGAAGAUGCAGCUGCACAUCCUGCGGGUGACCAUGCAGCAGUACGAGCAGUAUCACUACGACAAGGAGAUGCUGCGCAAGCUGGCCAACAAGCUGGGCCAGAUCGAGAUCGAGUCGCAGGUCGAUCUGGAGCAUGUCCGCAACAUGCUCAACUCCAAGUUCGAGGAGUCCAUCUCAUAUCCCAAGGUCUCGCAGGACUGGUGCUUCAUCGACUCCUGCACUGCGGAGCACUAUUUCCGCAUUGAUCGCGCCCAGGAGCACUUGCACUACAUCUGUGACAUUGCCAUCGAUGAGCUGUAUAUACUGGACCAUGAGGCGGCCACCAUGCCACAGACACCGGACCAGGAGCGCUCCUUUGCGGCCUUCUCGCAGCGGCAGGCGCAGAAUGAGCGCCGGCAAAUGGACCAGGCCCAGGGCCGUGGCCCGGGCAGCACGGAUGAGGAUUUGCAAAUUGGCUCCAAGCCCAUUAAAGUGAUGAAGUGGAAGAGCAACAAAGAUCGUUUAUUCAGUUUCAACGAAGAUGUUUUUGGUUAUGGAUUCAGCCCUAUACUGGAGCAAACUUCCGAUGCCGUACUACUAGCAGCCCAGAGCGGCGACCUCAAUAUGUUACGUGCACUACAUGAACAAGGAUACUCACUGCAGUCAGUGAACAAGAACGGACAGACCGCCUUGCACUUUGCCUGCAAAUACAACCAUAAGGACAUUGUUAAAUAUAUCAUCUCGUGCGCCACGCGACGCGUCAUCAACAUGGCCGACAAGGAGCUUGGGCAAACCGCACUCCACAUCGCCGCCGAGCAGAAUCGCCGCGAUAUCUGCGUUAUGCUAGUGGCAGCCGGCGCCAACCUGCAGGCCCGUGACUCUGGCGGCAACACGGCCAUGAUGGUGGCCUUCAAUAAGAACGCCAACGAGAUAGCAACGUAUUUGGAAAGUCAAGAGCGUUUUAUGCAUCUGGAGGUGCAGACCAGGAUCUAAGGGGGGCGACGAGGGACGGGGACGAAGGAGGCGAAGCAUUCACCCUACGACAUAAUUAAUAAUUAAUUAAUAAAUAAUGAUAAUCUUUUUUUUUGUGCAAUCACUGUUUUUUUUUUUUUAAAUUAGUUAAUAUAAAAUUAAGCAAAGAAAAUACAAACAACACUCGACAACACACAUUUUAGCCAGUAAGCUCGCAUAAGAGAGAAAGAGAGAGAGAAGGUAAAAAUUAUUGUAAAGCAAAGCUAGCAAGACGAGGUAACUUUUAAUUUCCUAAUUAAAGAUUGAGUGUAAAUUCGAAAUUCGAAAUUAAUUUGUUUUCACUUACCGAUUGAUUAACGAUUAAUGAUUAUAUUGUGAUAUCUAAAUUAAUUAAUUAAUUAGAGAGAGAACGAGAGAGCGAAGCGAUAUUACUGAAUAAUCGAAAUAAAACCUUCAACACACACACACACACAACACACAUUAUUUAUAAAUAAUAUUAUAUUUAAAAUAAUAUUUAAAUGUACUUCUUUUGGAAUUCUAGGCUAAGUAAAAACUUGAAUACUCUGAUCGACAAGCGAAUAAGACAGAGAGCAGCAAAAGCAGCAGCACGAUUAGAAAGAGAUAGACAGAGCGAUCAAGAAAGAGAUAGAGAGAUAGAGCGUUUUGCCGAGCUCAAUAGCUGUCUCGCUCAGACAAAGAAAAACACACACACACAGUCCCGAUGCACAGACUAGAAUGCACAACCCCCGUUAGCUGUACCUACACUCGUAUUUAGGAUAUAUCCAUACCAUAUAUCCCCAUUUAUAAACUCAGACCCGAACCCUCAGCGUUUCAAACCGAAAGACUUGGGUGUAUCUCCCCCCCCAUAGGUUACUUGCCCGCCUCUAAAGGGAGACGACGGCUAGCAGGCAAGGACCAACAAAGACUAUCUAUGUAUACUCUACCCUCUAUAUUCUAUACCCUAUAAUUCUGUAUUCCGUAUUCCCUGCACCUAAACAAUGAGUAAUAAUAUAAUAAUAUAUGUAUACAACAAACACACACUCACACACAUUUUAUCGAAUCAAAAAAUGUUAUUACGAAUAUCCAGAAUAGCCGUUAGUCUAAUAAAUGAAUCCUUCUUUUGCUUAGAUUCCAAAAAUUCCGCAUAUAUAUUAUUAUACAUAGUCGUGUUUAGUCGAGUCAAUUACGUUUACCGCGAUUUCCUUCAGCCUUUACGAUUAAUAGCGAUAGCUCUAGCGAUAAGUCUCACUUAUACAGUAUAUCGAUUGACAUGGCACCGAUAAGAGCGAUAAGUGUUGUAUCGAUAACCUUUACGAGUAAAGCUGGCCGAAUGCAGCUCUCUCCCUUCUUUUUUGGGAGCCACUUAACCUUCGCCGUUAAAACUUGGCCCGGAUAGCCGUGGCUCCGGCUACCGGGAAAGCCGGAGAGGGUUUUUGGGACAAAACCAUUUUUAAAAGGGGUCAGCGUAUGCAUUCCUGCGGGUAAUUAUGUUUUGGAUUUCACAGAAAAAACACACAAACACACACAGACAACACACAUUGUAGGCUGCUGCAGGUGGUGGUGGAAACGGCGAUUGGGAUUCCGGUUAGCAGCGGGCUUCCGGCCAAUACGCCCCAACCAGAGGUGCCCCCCAAAAAGAAAAAUUGGAGAACCAGGAUCCAAAAUCGCAGCCCACAGUCCACCGCCUGCGGCAUCUAAUGGAUACUACAGCUGCGGGCAAUAGAAUAUAUGCAGUGCUCAAUAUUAUUUGGAAUUUAUUUAUUUAUUUUUAAUUUUUAAAAGAGAAAAUUAAUGCGAAUAAAAAUAUUUUAUUGUGAUAUUAACAAACUCAAGUCGAA